AUGCCCUCCCCACCACCCACGCCCGAAGAAGCCCAGCGCCGCCAAACCGAAGCGCGCGCAGCCGUCACCGCAUCCCUCGCCAGCGUCGGCGCAUCCGUCGACAACGAGAUGCGCACGCGCACCGCCGACCUGCACGCCAACUCUGCGGCAAUCGCAAAGCAGGAAAAGGAGCUAGCGAAGCAGACGGCGGCGCUGGCGAAACAGACUGCCGAGUGGGAUAAACUGCUUCAGGGCGGCACGAAGAAGUUGAAUGAGGUGGGGGAUAUUCAGAACUGGGCGGAGAUGAUUGAGAGGGAUUUGCUGGUGUUGGAGGAGACGGUUAGGUUGGUGGAUGGGAAGGGGAGGGAGAGGGAGGAGUCGGCGAGUGGGACGGGGGGUUGGUAG